AUGGGGCCCCCCUUGGGGCCUCGGAGGACCAGGGUCCCCUCAGAGGACCCUCAGCCUUCACCGAAGCGCCACUGCGGCUCCCCGGGGCCCCCUGCAGACGCGCACACAGCAGCAGCAGCAGCAGCAGCAGCGGCAGCAGCAGCCGCGCCAGAGCCAGCAGCAGCAGCAACAGCAGCGCAAGCCGCAGCAGCAGAAGCAGAAAGGGAAGCUGAGGCGAUCCCUCCCCUUUCCGAAGUGCUGCUGGACCGCCUCAAGUCCGGAGAGUACCUGCUGCUGCUGCUGCAGCACGUGCUGCGGCAGCGGCUUCGUGCUGCUCUCAGGGGCGAGCUGCACAGCAUAUCUUUAGAGGGGCCCCCGGGGGGCCCCCCGCGGAAGAGUGGGUUUGAGCCUUCCCCCAUAGUAGAGUCUUUGCUGCGGGGCGACAGUUCUGCUGCUGCUGCGAUCCGCACCCGCAGCAGCAGCAGCAGCAGCAGCAAGGGGGCUUCUGUGGAGGCGGUGGCUGGGGCCUUUGCUGCCAAACUUAUUUGCUGCCUCGAACUUAAAGAGAAAAGCAGCGUUUUGGUUUUGGGGCCCCGAGGCUCAGGUGCAACAACAGCAGUUGAGGUCGCGCUGCGCUUCGUGCAGCAGCAGCAGCAGCAGCAGCAGCAGCAGCGGCAGCUGCUGGUGGUGCGUGUGAACUGUUCUUUGUACGCGAGCGACACCGCCAUACUGCAGGCCAUCGUGCGUCGGCUGUGCGCGGCGCUGCAGCAGCGGCAGCUGCUGCAGCAGCAGCUGCAGCAGCACCUGCAGCAGCAGCAGCUGCUGCAGCAGGGGGGCGGGAGCUUCGGGGACUGGCUGCAGCGGCUGCAGCUGCUGCUGCUGGACUGCUGCUCGCUGCUGGGGCGGGCGGUGCUGCUGGUGCUGGACCGCGCGGAAGUGUGCUGCUUGCUGCAGCGGGAGCGCAGCAGCGGGGGCGCGCAGCAGCAGCAGCAGCAGCAGCUGCUGUACAACCUCUUCGACCUGCAGCACGCGCAGGGCCUCCACAUCUUCACUGUUUGCCUUUCUCCAGUUUUGGAUUUAAUUGAUUUUAUGGAAAAAAGAAUCCGCAGCAGAUUCACGAUGCAGAAGCUCUCCCUGUCUCCGGGUGUACGUACACCCCAGCUCCUCGCCUUCCUCCGCUCCAGCCUCCUCGCCGUCGCCGCCCCGCAGCUUCUCGCCGCCAGCAGCAGCAGCAGCAGCAGCAGCAGCAGCAGCAGCAGCAGCGGCGGCGGCGGCGGGGAGGAUGGGGGGGACCUGCAAAAGGCCGAGAGGUUUCUUAAGGCCUUCCGUGCUGCAGUCGACAAGGAAUUCAGGGACCCCAAAUUUGUUGCUCUGUGCGAGCGCGCUUUGGCUUUGGGGCGAGACGCCCGCAGCUUCAUUGUUGCUGCUGUGCAUCCGCUGCUGCUGCUGCGGCCCCCGCUGCCGCGUGCUGCUGCUGAGGCAGCAGCAGCAGCUUGGGGGGCCCCCGAGGCCCCCGAGGCCCUCUCGCCGCUGCACUCGCCUAUUCGGCAAACAGAGGGGGACCGCAGCAGCUGGCAGCAGGAGCCUGCUGCUGCUGCUGCUGCUGCUCCCAUGCAAUCAGUACCGUGGAGGUAA